AUGGAAGCUAUAAAACGACUUGUUUUUGCAACAAUGCCAAAACUUUACGUUCAUAAAAUGUUAUCAAUAGCACUAAAGACAUCAAGUGAACGCAAUCCUGACCGUUUUCGAAUACAAGUUCAUGUUCUAGCUGAUGUUUAUGCUGAUAUAAGCAAUCAAUUGGAGGAACGAUUACACGAGGCCAAGGAAAACUAUACAGGUGAAUGCAUUCUUAUCAUUCCUUAUGAUUCGGGCAACUUCCAUUGGAUUGGCUUAUUAAUACAAUUUAAACAUGAUAAACAGAUUCAACAUGCUGAAUAUAUUGAUCCCGUGAGCAAAUCAAAUUAUUCUCCCGCAAAGUUACAAGAACAGUUUAAUAAAGUUUUCCCCAACUUUAUUUUGCAGUCAAGAACCGCUUUGUACAAAGGUAAUCAAACUAAUAGUGCUUCGUUAAUCGUUAAAAACUUAUUAGAAGUAAUUGCUGAAUUUAAAUGCAAAGAAGUUGAACAUUCAAAUACAAGUAAAUUAUCUGAUCAAAUCAAUGAUACAGAGAUGUUUUCAAGUAAAACAUUUGAACCUUUUCGUUUAAAAAGCAUGUCUAUAAAUGACAGAGAAAAUGCUUGUGAUGAAUCCGCAUCGAUUUUCCCAGUGAAAGUAUCACAAAUUGAUGAAUCAAGAGAGUCAAAAAGCACUGAAGAAAAUUCAGAUGAAUCAGUCAAAGAAAAUGAAAUUUCAAAGUGUGAGACAAAACCAUGUAGUAUACUAAGUCUUGAUAUUGCAAAAUCUUAUUCUAAAGAUGAUUUUCAACUCACAAAUGAAAGUCUAAAAGAUACUUAUAAAGAUUUUGAUUUAAUGCCAUUAUGUACAGAAAGAUUUCUACUUAGUUUAUGGUAUAUUAUUUCUGGCAAAUUAAUAGGUAAGGAUGCCAUUGUAGACCAAAGUAUUAUGUCAUCUGAUUAUAGGAAGUUAGAAAUUGAUGAAGAACUUCAAUGUUUAAAAGAACGCUUGAAAUUAGAAGAAAUAUCAUCAACGAAAAUUCAACAUGCAGUUGAAACACUUUCAAUAUAUAUUAAAAAUGAAAAUUGGAAAGCUUCUUUAAUUACAUUAAAAGAAAUACUUCAUGAGAUAAUGCCGUUGAAUAUUUAUGAGCUAUUUCGAUUAGUAAAAAACGUUGAUGAUGCAGCGAAUUUAAUAAAAGACAAGAAGAUAAUCUUUUUUCUUGGUAAUACCGGAUCAGGAAAAUCCACAACUAUACACUUUCUUGCCGGUUCUAAAAUGAUUAAGACAGAAAUCAAUGGAUUGAAUCAUAUAGAACCUACUGAAAUAAAAAAUGUAGAUUUAAAACGUAUUGUAACAGCACCAUUUGCUAAAUCUAUAACUCGGUGUAUCACACCGGUUACUGUUUACUUUAAAGACAUUGGUGCAUACGGACAGGAUAGUAUCAUUUUAUGUGAUAGUCCAGGUUUCGGGGACACUAACGGUCCUGAAGUAGAUAUUGCUAAUGGAAUAGCCAUAGUUCGAGCUAUACAAGUAUGUAAAAGUGUGAAACCAGUUCUAUUAAUUAGUUACAAAAGUAUUGGUGAUAGAUAUGAAGGAUUAAAGGAUCUUACUCAUACACUAGCUAGAUUAAUUCAAAAUAUGAAACAUCAGAUUAAAGCGUUUUCUUAUAUAUUCACAAAAUAUCCUAAAAAUGAAAAAGAAACAAUCCAUGCGUCAUUAGAAAGUAUUAACAAUACACUUAGUGAUCAAGAGAGAUCUGACACUAAUUUUAUGGAUAUAUUUAGAGAUAUGUUUGAAAAAACCAAAAAGAACGCAUGUGUUCUAGACCCCAUUAAGGAUGAUCCUAGUGAGAUUCUUGAUGAACUUGCAGAUUCUAUUGAUAUCAAUCAUCCAGAAGAUGUUUUCCAAGUUUUCAUUACUCAAAAGUCUAAAAGUAUUCUAGAUAAACAAGUGGCAAAAUAUGAGCUGAGUAUUAAAUUAGCAACUAAACGUUCAGAAUAUUCAUUAGUAAAAUACAAAUUUGAUCAAUUAAAAUCUUUAAAUGAAUUAUUAAAUCAAGAACCUAUUGAAGAAAUUUAUCUAAAUUGUACUCGAUAUGUAAGCAGACAUUUUUUUGAAGAAUAUCAAAAGGCGAUAUUAAUAUUGAAUCGUAGUUUACUAGAUGAAACAAUUUUAAUUGAUGAAGAAAUAAAACAAUAUCGAACCUAUUUUGAUCAUGCUAAUCUGGCAGAAGAUUUAAGAAGAACACAUUUAGGAAAUGAAGCGAUUCAUAGCUGUGCUUAUAUUGAAUAUUUAAACGAAAAAGUUAAUAAUUUAGUAAAAAAUCUACAAGAAAAAGAUAUUAAUGAAUUAUCAAUAAAACUCAGUAUGGAGAAAAUAAAAAUUCUUUCGGAAUAUUUUGAUGAUGUGAAUGCUAAAUAUAAAUUUAUUUGCCAAUUCUUUUUAGAAAAAAUAGAACAAUUAGUCAAUUCUUUUGAAAAAUCCGUAUUGUCAAAUGAAUUUCAUAAUAGUAUUUCUAUGAUGACAAAAAUCUAUGAUGCAAAUACUAUUUUAAGUAAUUAUUUAGAGAAUUCAAGUAUUGAAAAAAAAUAUUCUAAAAUGAAAGAAUUCUUUCUAAAUUAUUUAAAUGAUUACGUGAAAAAAUUCGAUGAGAUUUUUUUGAAAGAAAAACUUGAACCAAAUGAUUUAGAAAACCUAAAUAAUUGCAUAUAUACACUUGAACAAGUAAUGAAUAUAUUUAAUCUUGAUUUGCAUAUCUCUAAAGUAGAUAUUAAUAAACUUUAUGAAGAAUUUUCAUAUAGACUUCUCAAUCACUUCGAACAAAUUAUAGAAAAUAUAAAUAGCGAACUUAAAAAUAAACAUACAUUUUAUAGAUUAGAACAGUUUUUUAAAGAUUUGGAUUCUUUACGAACUAUUCCAAGUAUUGCGCGCAAAACCAAUCGAAUAUAUUAUAUUACUGUGGGAAAAUUAGUAGAUUAUAUAAAUGAAACACGAAUAUAUAUUGAAGAACUUUUACGUAGUUUAUUUCGAGGAGAAGACAAAUCUAUUUAUGGUAAAAUUACAAAAUGUUUAUUAAAUCUUAAAAAUUCACAGUGGAUAGAAAAUUACAGAGCACGAGCUUAUUCGGAUAUAAUAAAAGAUAUUGAGCAACAAUUAAUUCAACAUAUAAAAGAAUUAGAAAAAUCUGUAAUGAAAUCGAAUUUAGAUCUUGAUAAUUUUACUAAAAUUUCCGAUGUUUCUAAAAUACUAAUUGAAAUAGAUGAAAUGUGGUGUUUUGAAAUUUUUAUUCCGAUUCUAAAACAAUAUAUAGAUGAAUUUAACUCAAAAUUUGAAGGAAUAAUAAAUAAUGUAUUUAUCAUUAUCAAAGAUACAUUCAAUUUGGAUAAAUCAAACGAACCAAUUUCCAAAACACUUGAUUGCUAUACAGCUGAAAAGGCUCUUCUUUACUUGGAUGCUUGUAAAACAUCCUUUAUUUUGAAAAAUGAUUCUAUAUUAAUACUGACAGGUUUAGAAAAUUACAUAAGAAAUUAUAUUAAUUUUAUUAAAGAUGAAAUAAAAGGUUAUUUUGACAUCAUUAAGCAAAGUAAAACUGGAAAUGAAAAUGAUAUGUUAAAGAAAAUUGAAAUAAUAUCAAAUCGUUUACAAGAAAUAGUAGAAAUAAAAACAACAUGUAACCGUAUUUUUUCUUGUUUUCGUAGACCUAUUGAGACGAUCAUUAAGGAUUGGAACAAAUUAUUAUCAGAUCAUUUAAAUGACUUAUCUGAGGAAAUGCUUAAUUUAUAUUUAACACAAAGUAUUGAAUCUUUAAAUAAAAAAUUAUCAAUUAUAAAAAUGUUAAGUAACUUAGAUUGGUUCUUAAAAGAUAAGAAAUAUAUUGAUGUUUAUCAUAAAUAUCAAGAAAAACUUCUGUUACAAGUCCAUGAUAUUGAUAAGGAAAUAAUAGAUGCUAUUAAAAAAUUUGAUUGUGAGGUACUCGAUGAUAAAAUGACGGCAUUACGACCAUCAAACAAAAUUGAAAAACAUUUUUAUGAAAAAGCAAAGCGAUCUCUUAGUAUAGGGUUAAAUCAAUUAAAAGAAGAUACAAGAGGAUUAACACUUGUACUUACUCAUCAUUUAGAAAAAGAACAAAUUAAAUUGAUAGUUGAAAAUUUAAAACGACUAGAAAAAUCUAAAUUCGUCAUCGAAAAACAUUUAAAUAAUUCACAUGCUACAGACGAGUUUAUUGAAGAAAUGAAGAAAUCGAUUGAAACAAAAAUAAAAUACUUUUUAAAUCGUAUAAGAGCUCUUAUUAUAAAUUACAAUUUUUCUGAAGCUGAUGAAAAGAUUGAUUCAGUUAUUGUAGUACGCAAUUUAUUAGGAAAAUAUUGCAUAAAAGAUAUUUCAGAUCAAAUAGAAACUUUACAAAACUAUGGAAAAACAGUUGUACUACCCGAUAUGAUAAAUAGAUAUUCACAGAUGGAUAUUAGCGAAUAUAUGUUGAAUCCACCAAAGAAUAUUUUUGAAAAACUUGCAAAUGUUAAUAGUACAAAUCAAAUUUAUAGUGAAGUUUUAGAUAAAUUGAGAAAACUAAUUUUGGAAAAAUUUCGAAACGAAUUAGAACGAGCUAAAACAAAACAAACAAUAGAUAUUACAAAUGAACAUAUAAGAAGAUUUGAAUCUGCUGUUAAAUAUUUACCUGAGCCAAUGAAAAAUGCUCUUGAAAUUGAAUUACAGCAUUGUAAAGAUGAUAUAAAACGUCUUAUACAAUAUAGUGAACUGAAAUUACAAGAUUCGUCUAUUACUGAAGAAAUAGAUAAAAUCAACAAUUGUUCAUUUGAAUAUCAAAAUUUACAAGUUAUUAAAUCAUAUUUUAAUAACGGUAAAGAAUUAGCCUCAAAACGAAUAGACAAUAUUGUUGUUAAAAUCCAUCACAACUUAGGAAAACAAAAUAUUAUAGAAGCAUUAAAUAAUAUGAAAAUAUUAUAUAAAUAUAAAACAGAAUUAAAUAUGUAUAUUAAUGAUAUUGAAACAAUAUACGUAGAAGUACAUGUCGACAUAAUAUGUACAUUUGAAGAUGCUUACCAGCAUUUUUUAAAUCAGAUUUUAACUGUCCAUCAAAUAAAGCAUGUAAAAACUAAAACUGAAGUAUUAAAGAAAGAUGUUACAUGUUUAUUUGAGUUUAUGAAAUUUAGAGAUGAUGUUCAAAAUGAACAAAUUUCGAAUUUUGUACUUCCAGAGGAUUUUGAUGAAAAAAUGACGAGAUUAUCCGAAAAAAUAGAUACAUAUUCAACUGAACACGCGAAAAAUUAUAAAGUUGCUUUUGAAAAUUUCGACAUUUCAAGUCUAGUAGAUAUUCUUAAAACUAUGUACAUAUGUAAUUCUUUAUUAACACAAAUAAAAGUUUAUCAUGAUCAACACAUCAACAAAAAUUCAAUCAUUAAUACUAUAAAAGAAAAUUUAGAAAAACUCACACCAUAUACAGAUAUGUUAGAAUCUAUAUGUCAAAAAAUUGAAAAUUUAGGAAAAGAAUUAAUUAAUACUAAACUAUUCGAAAGUAGUAGAAAGUAUCAUGUCAAAGAUCGGGAUGCGUUCUAUCGAGAUGUAAAUGAGAAAUUUUUUAUUCUAAGUCAAACUAAACGUUUUCAUCCAUUUCAUCAUCUAAGAAUUGAUGCAAAUAAGCUUGAAGAAGAAUGUUUAGAGUCAAUAGAAAAAGAAAUUUCGAUUAUUUAUUCGAAUGUUAAAAACUUUUUAGAUAAAUUUUCACAAGAAAAACCGUUAGGAAGGCCAAACUAUGAGAAUUUCAAUAGAAACUAUUGUAAUUUGAUAUCAAUCGAACGAACAAUGAAAAAAAUUCCGUUUCAGAGAAAAUUUACAACUGACGACAUUGAAAAAAUAAUUCAGGAUAAAAUUAAAAUGUGGGAACGUUCUAUUGAAGAAGAGCCAACACUAGAAAAUGUUGCUAAUAAUUUAAUAAAAAUGAAGAUAGUUUCAAUGGAUAUUUCUUGUCUUGAAAUUGGUAUUACAAAACGAAUCGAGGAAAUUCUGUCUAAUUUUAAAAAAGUACUUAACGAAGUUGACUUUGCUACGUUAAAUGUAAUUGUAAAUGAAACGGGGUUCGAAUCAGUCGAACGUGAGAGUGAGGAUGAUUUAGUUUAA